AUGGUUUCUUCUUGGUUGUUGGCGCUGCUACUGGCCGUCAUUGCCGUGCAAGCCAACAACGCUACCAUUGAUGAUGGUGUCGAUUCCAUGCUCACUGCUGCCGACAAUGCUGUCCUCGAAGAAGCAAACAACGCAUCCAUUGCCCUCGCAGAGAACAGCACUGUCGUCUUUAAAGAUGCACCGUGUCACCCCAAUCAAACGGAGUUUGCGGCCAUGACAGAGUUUACCCUGGAGGGACGCAACGAUCACAUGACAGUGGAGGAAGGACUGAGGAUUGAACGAGAAUUCAUUGCCGUGUACAACUACCUUGCAGCAAUCAAUUGCGACAGCCAUUUUCGGCGUCUUGCCCUGAUUUCAAAAGUCAAUUCGACCAACUCUCUGGGACACGUUGUCUUUGAUUAUGUUCCAGUGCGACGACAACAACAGAGUCUGCAAACAAACAACUCCACCGGGGCGGGUCUCAGCGUCAUGUAUAAUGUAUCAGGGACAUGCCGGGUAAGGGAUUUGCAGCUGCUACUUUGCUUGUGCAAACUGACGCAAAAAUGCUGA